CGCUUCCGGAGCGGCGGCGGCGGCGGCGGCGGCUGCAGCGGCCGGGAGUAUUCGUCGACGGGAGCGGCUGUGCGCGACCUUGUCCUUCCCCCUUGCCGGGGAAGGGGAGCGCGAAGCGACGGCAAGCGGAGUCAGGCUCAAACCAGCAGAGGAAACACUGUGAUAUUGCAGCAGACGUGCGAGAAGAGCCUCUGCAUCCUUUUCUCCAGGGUGGGCCGUCCGGCCAGAGGACUUAGGUUUGGUGUGACUCGUCCACAGCAGCAGCGCAGUCUGUAGCUUUCCCCAGCUUGAACGGUGCUGGGGGUACUCGCUGCGUGCCGUUCUGGGCUCUCCGACUCCAGAAAGAUGUCAACAAAGUGGAAGGUAUUGGCCGGGACCAGCGCAGAAACAGUUUACUGAAAAAUCUUUGUAGUCGUAAAAUCCUUUCGUGGGCGAAAGAGAAAAGCGUAAGGACUUGGCCUAAUCUACGUAUUGAGGACUGUCAGACUAACGCGAUGGCUCAGGCACAGAUCUGCAAACGGACUAGGAACAAUUGUUAACGCAAGUCUCCUGGCCUGUGAGGGUCUCUCCGGGGUUUGCCUUGUGCCAACUGUUGCCAGCAAGAAGAUGAUGCCGAAGCAAAGUUCCAAGCAGGUGGAGAACGGAGAGAGAGGGGGUGCACCACAUAUGUUGGGUCACCGCAAAGAGAGUGAGAAAUCUCGUAGCCGGAAGGAAGAAGAAACAACAGAAGGGCCCCCACCUAAAAAAUCCCUUAAAAAGAUGGUGGUGAUCGAGCAGAACGGAUCCUUCCAGCUCCGGAUCCCCAAGAACUUUAUUUGCGAGCACUGUUUUGGUGCCUUCCGGAGCAGCUACCAUCUCAAGAGACACAUCCUCAUUCAUACAGGUGAGAAGCCAUUCGAGUGUGAUGUGUGUGACAUGCGCUUCAUUCAGAAAUACCACCUGGAGCGCCACAAACGUGUGCAUAGCGGGGAGAAGCCAUACCAAUGCGAACGUUGCCUGCAGAGUUUCUCCAGGACAGAUCGGCUGCUGAGACACAAACGAAUGUGCCAAGCUUGCCCAAGCAAAUCGGCCGACUCGCAGCUGCUGCUUUAGGGGUGGUCCCAGAGAGACGAAUUUAGAAGAAGCCGGAAAGCCAAUGGAAUUCUCUGGUCUAUUUGUUGUUUUUUGGGGGGGAGGGGGAUUCUUUUGUGCUUGCAUUUGCCUACUGGGCAUACCCCCCUGUGAGAAGGGGAAGAGCUGAGACGGGGCACAGACUUUCAGGCAAGAUUUGGACGCUGUAAAUAACUUGAGGAUGGAUGAACUGCCCCUGGCAGUAGUGGAUAAACUGUGGUGUUUGGGGGUUUUCUCGUGGGAGGGGUGGGUCUCUCGCUGUUUUGCGGUGGGGAAGUUAUCACCAUUUGCCUCAUGGAAAAGGCUUUGAGAGAACUGCUAGGCCUCACCUGCUGGUCCAGAAUAAUGGCGUUUUGGAGUUCUUGACUGACCUAUCUUCCAACUUGCCGAACCCCUGGGCUUGCAAAGAUGGGAGGAAGAAUAUUUUUAAAAAGGAAAGAAGAAAGGCAAGCCAGGCACCAAACUGUUUUAUGGAAGAAUGCGACACACAAGCAAUGGAUUUAAGAGACAGCGGCUGAAGAUUUUUGAAUCCUGGAUUCACAGGAGUCUGUCCAUAAGAUCAAAAGAGCCCCCCCCCCCUCCCCCGGCCCCUCAUGGUGUCUAGGUUUGAGAUGUUACGUUUUUCUUUAUCCCUCAGGUUUCAACAACACAAGGGCUGGAGAGGGGGUGGCAUAUGCUGCUAGCGAAUGUAAACUCCAACUUUCAGGCGGUACCACUGGCACAGUUGGUAGAGGCUUACUACAUCCAGCUGGCUGGAGAGAUGCAUCAGGUUACUCCCAGGUGGGGAGAGGAGCUGCAGCCCUUUUACGGGACAUAGGCUCCUUCCCCACCUCCUUGUACAUAAAUAGCUAUACAUUUAGAGUCCACCCCACUGAAAUGCCUCUUCUUGCAGAACUUGGGGUCUUCUGAGAACCUUGAUGUUGAGCUGGUUGAAGUCCCAAGAUCCCCAAUCUUUAGCCAUUCAUGCUUUGGCAAGUGGGACUCAAAACCCUUCCUGUGACACGUUGGGGAAUCGCAGUUCUCUUUCGGUUCCAUGGGGGAGGGGAGAACACAGGCCUCCUGUGCAAAGGAACCAGAUGUUCACGACUCAAGCCUCAGCAAGCCUUUUGUUGCCCUUAAAUCAACUUCAGCUGCUGUGAGGCUGAAAGCAGUCGUCUUGGCGAUAUCACCCUCAGAGAGAAGCAGAGAGGAUGACAUGCUUGCAGGCUUUACUGGAAUGAAUUUUGCCAAAAUAUUUUGCCCAAUUACCUCUCCCCACCCCCACCCCCCCAGGACAUUCCAGCUGGUACUGCUGUCUCCGCUUCACUUCUGGCUGGUACUGCUUCCUCAUGUGAUACCUGCUUUUGGUUCAGAUGGUCAUGGGGUUUUUCAAGGAUGGAGAAGCAGGGGGGUAACAUCGUGUCUAUCUAGGACUCUCAGUGUCAUGCAAUGCAGUGUCAUGCAACCUGCAUUUGGAAUGCUAGUGUAUCAUUCGUAUCGUAAGCAGAAUUCCCCCUCCCUUCUCGCCCUUAAUGUGAAUUCUCAAAGGCUUCUGCCAGCCUCCAGUGGGGGUCCCAUUGCCCAUCUGUAUGCCUAUAUAAGUGGUAGCCUAACCCCUUUUCCUGACACCCCCCCCCCCAAUGGAUUGCAGAAAGGGAGAGGCUUAAAUGUCAGCCCAAGUUACUUUGGGAUGUUUGUAAAUUGAGGCAGGACAGUAUAGAUCAAUCUGGACUGCUGCUCUAAGAGCCCCAUCUGGAGGACGGGAUCCACUGGUGGAACAGCAUGUGGCAGUGCCAACAUAUUUGCCCCAAUGGAGGGGCAAGGCUGCCUGAGUGUGGCCACCGUGGUCCUCCCUAGUGCUGAGACGUGAUGCCAGAUGCUGCUCUGGCAUCCCAGUGCCACUGGCGCUCCCUCCUGGCCAUUCGGUGCAUUACACUGGCAGCCGAGAAUUGAGUUAAGUCACCUUUUUGGGUGGCAUUAGUCUGUUAAGCCUCAUAGAGGCUUCUUGGCAGGGGGAGGCAUUUUCACAUUUGGAGCCUCCCCACACUGCUGGGAAGCCUCUUUGGAGCAGCAGCCAGGCGCCAGCUCUUGGUUGGGGCUGCCUGCCGAUUCUGUACUCGAGAGGCUGAAGAAAAUCACUUGGUAGUUUGCAGAGAUCAGGCUUAGUGUCUUGUUCUUGUUCUUUUCCCUAAAUGCCAGGCUUCCCAUCAAUUUGAAUCUUCGAUUAGUCGUUUUGAACACCGGCUGGAGUAAUGCAGUGGUUACUGGUGUUACCGAAGGAGCUAUUAGGAAAAUAUAGCGUGUACCAUCCA